UUUGAUCCUCGAUUUGCGUAGCAGGAAGAGAAACUCCGAGGUCCGAUUUUUGUGUCCUGUGAUCUUACAGUCACACUUCUGCUAUUGCUUUCUGCUUCGCUAUUUUUUCUUACGUUCCACUCGCGGAAAACGAAAAACACAUUGACCAUGUUGCCUGUCUACCGCGACCUGAUGGGAGGCAAGCCCUUCGACCCGAAUAGAACUGCUUCUUCCAGCUCAUCUUCCGCCCAACAAAACCAGCCGCGCUCCGCCAGGAUCAUCAACGCCACUUCGCCGGCAAACAAAACCGCCGCCGGGCCGCCUACCGGAAUAAACCUGAACGGUGCAACGAGAACGAAAAUCGUGAUCACCCCGGUUCCCAGUGUGACGAGCAGCGAAGACACGACAAACACCACGUCAGCGUUCGUAAAGUUGAGCGGAGAUUUAGUUGACGGGCAAUACGAAGUAGAAUCGAGUUCUUUAGGAGUUGACGUCGGCAAAUCCAGCGACCGGGCAAAAAGACCAAAAGGAAGUCGCCAAUUAUUCCUGUCUCUUACCCGCCGCCUGUGGGAUCUUUACCUCCAACGACUCGAGAAGUCCCCGUUGCAAACGAAAAUCGAAACGGCGUCGGUUUGUGGCGUGCUCUCCGAAUUUCUUUCAAGUUUUGUCAUCAUGAAACAGCGAGAUCCGCAACAACUUUUGAGAGGUUUUUGGAACCAAAUUUUUCUCAGCGUCGUCUUUCGCGGACCCGUGAUGCACUACUGGACCACUUGGCUGAACGGAUUUGUUGCGAGAAAGAAUCUGGCUUCAACGAAACUGAAUGUCGCGAUGAAGGUGUUGAUCCACGAAUCCGUCUACGAUCCGAGCUUUGUCAUCGCCUUUUUGUUUCUCCUGCGGCUCGUUCGGGGUCUGUCCGUGAAGGAAAGUUUCGCCGGGGCGAAGCGGGAGUUUGGGAAAGCGCUGAGAACACAGUACAGCAUCUGGCCGAUGAUUCAGUGUCUGACUUACGCACUGGUCCCGCCAAAGCUGCAAGUUGGGUUCAUAACCUUCGUAGCCAUUUUCACAAACGCGUAUCUCACGUUUCUGAGCACAAGGAAAUGAAGGAGAAGAAUGAAAGGAGAAAGCAGUUUUUAGAGCUAAGACAGCACAUCAUGUUCUUGUGAAGAAGAAGAAGAUGCUCAUAUAGCUGUCUGG